AUGGAUUUUCUGACGUUGCAUCUGCUCGGUUCACUGAUGGUCCUCGCUUUCUUUCUGCAUCGGGUAGAUUCAAAUGAGAUUUUAGGGCUGAAGAUCCCUUUAGACCCCAUUCUGAACGCCAACACUGUGUGCUUGACCCUUCCGGGGUUGACACGACAACAGCUGGAUGUGUGCAUGCGGAAUCCUGACGUCACGGCAUCUGCCAUCCAAGGCAUCCAGAUUGCCAUCCACGAGUGCCAGCACCAGUUCCGGGGCCACCGCUGGAAUUGCUCCAGCCUGGAGACACGCAACAAGAUCCCCUAUGACAGUGUGGUCUUCAGCCGAGGAUUUCGGGAGAGCGCAUUUGCCUAUGCCAUCGCAGCGGCCGGCGUAGUCCAUGCUGUCUCAAAUGCCUGUUCCAUGGGCAAGCUGAAGGCAUGUGGCUGUGACCAGAAGCGGCGGGGGGAUGAGGAGGCCUUUCGCAUCAAGUUAAACCGCCUACAGUUGGAAGCCAUCCACCGGGGCAAGGGCAUGGUGCAUGGCGUCAUGGAGCACUUCCCAUCCGAUGCACCUGGGCCCCAGGACUCCUGGGAGUGGGGCGGCUGCAGCCCCGAUGUGGAAUUUGGGGAGAAGUUCUCCCGGGACUUCCUCGAUUCCCGCGAGAAGCACAAAGACAUUCACGCUAAGAUGAGGCUGCACAACAACAGAGUUGGCAGGCAGGUGGUAAUGGACCAUAUGAAGCGCAAAUGCAAAUGCCAUGGUACAUCGGGUAGCUGCCAGCUAAAGACGUGCUGGCAGGUGACGCCUGAGUUCCGCAUGGUGGGCACCAUCCUGAAGGAGCGAUUCCACGUGGCUACACUCAUACGAGCACACAACCGCAACGCAGGGCAGGCGGAGCAGUCACACACGCAACCCACCCACCGGCGCCGCUCUGCCAUCCUUAAUGAACUGGUCUACUUUGAGAAGUCACCUGACUUCUGCGAGCGGGAGCCUGACUCCGGCUCCGCUGGAACACAUGGACGCAUCUGCAACAAGACCAGCUCAGGAGUGGACAGCUGUGAGAGCCUGUGCUGUGGCCGAGGCCACAAUAUCCUGCAGCAGACACGCAGCGAGCGCUGCGACUGUAAGUUCCACUGGUGUUGCUAUGUGGUCUGCGAGGAGUGUCGGGUGACCGAGUGGGUCAGCGUUUGCAAAUGAGACAAUCCGAAAAGCAUUGAACACUGACAUUUAAACCAGACAAGAACUGCAGGAUGCCCUCUUUUGGAAAGUACUGCUCAUUC